CUGAAAAUAAUUGUCGAUUUUUUCAUCUGUAAUAGAGCUGAUGCAUUAAAUGUUACAUUUCCUGCAGAUUUUCUCCACAUCCUGUCUUUUGUUCCAAGGAAUUUGAAUUUCAUAGAAUAUAGUAAGAAUACCAGCCCGGAUGAACAUCAAAGGGCUGUGGAAGUUAUCGUUGACUCUCGCCUCUACAUUCUCUUGAAAGGAAAGAUGUUUGUAGGUGACAAAAAACGGGAACUUCCUAGUGCUUUUAGAUUUUUUAUGGGUUCUCAACAUGUAAUUCUGAACAGGAAGUUUGUUGAGUACACGAUCCAGGGAUGGGAAAAUUUGCCAAGAUUGCUCCUGCUAUACUUCUCGAACACUAGAUCUUCUCAUAAAGGAUAUUUUCAGACUCUUGCAUGCAAUACUAAGGAGUUUUCAGACGCUGUCAUCAACUCCAACUUGCGAUUCAUUAACUCAGACAACACUAAUCCUUCAAACUUCAGAGCUUCAAAUUCCGAUAGAAUACUAAGAAGGGAGGUCGCAUUCGUUGGAAACAUAUCAGCAGAUUCUCCCUUAUUGGACAUGAUUGAUGCACACAUUCUUAAUCGUGGUCGGGGUAUGGUCUCACCUGGAGGUUGGUGUUUAGGUAGCUCAAAUUGGUUCAGUGAUCCUUGCGGUGAAUGGGGCGAUCCCAGUGUCCUAAGACCAGGACCAGCUGCAAAAGGACUCGAAAAGCUCAUCCUGAAAUCGAUAUCAGACAUGUCAAUCGGGUCGAGCAGAUGUCAUCAUCAAUGACACUUGUUGCUCCUGCUUAACUCGCUCUUCCUUUUCUUUUCCUCUACCUGUAUUAGAGGAUUCUGUAAUUUUGUCAAGUUGUAACAUAUAGAACAUUGCCACAGAAUGGCAAUGUUGGAAAUCACAAAUCAGUGCUUCUGUAUGUUGGUAUGGUUCAAAAACUAGGUGAUUUUUCAUGUGCUAAUGUCCACGUCAUCUUUAUGAAUUGGGACGACGGGCUCCGAAUCGCCUAAAAUUUUGUGGGUUGAUCAGAAA